CAGUAGGAAGAGCCUGCCUCCUCAAGGACACAAAACCUUUGACAGCUUCCUAAUUUAGGCCAGAGAUGCCUAUGGGCUGUCUCAGAAGCGUUUCUGCAGCAACUAUGGCCACCUUCGUGGAGCUCAGUACCAAAGCCAAGAUGCCCAUCGUGGGCCUGGGCACCUGGCAGUCUUCCCUAGAUCAAGUCAAGGAAGCUGUGAAGGCCGCCAUUGAUGCUGGGUAUCGCCACAUUGACUGUGCCUAUGUCUAUAAGAAUGAGAAUGAGAUAGGAGAAGCCAUCCAAGAGAAGAUCCAGGAGAAGGCUGUGAAGCGGGAGGACCUCUUCAUCGUCAGCAAGCUGUGGCCCACCUUCUUUGAGAAAAGCCUGGUGAAGAAAUGCUUUCAGAAAACCCUUACGGAUCUGAAACUGGACUAUUUGGACCUCUAUCUGAUCCACUGGCCACAGGGAUUCCAGUCUGGAAAUGGACUUUUCCCAACAGAUGAUAAAGGCAACAUUCUUGCUGGUAAAUCCACAUUCUUGGAUGCUUGGGAGGUCAUGGAGGAACUGGUGGACCAGGGGCUGGUGAAAGCCCUGGGCGUCUCCAACUUCAACCACGUGCAGAUUGAAAGACUCCUGAGCAAGCCUGGGCUGAAACACAAGCCAGUGACCAACCAGGUCGAGUGUCACCCAUACCUCACCCAGGAGAAACUGAUCCAGUACUGCCACUCCAAGGGCAUCACUGUCACAGCCUACAGCCCCCUGGGCUCCCCAGAGAGACCUAAUGUCAAUCCAGAGGACCCUGUAGUACUGCAGAUUCCCAAGAUUAAAGAAAUUGCUGCAAAGCACAAGAAAACUGCAGCCCAGGUCCUGAUUCGGUUCCAUGUCCAAAGGAAUGUGGCUGUGAUCCCCAAGUCUGUGACACCCUCCCGCAUACAGGAGAACAUUCAGGUCUUUGACUUCCAGUUGAGUGAUGAGGAGAUGGCCACCAUUCUCAGCUUGAACAGAAACUGGAGGGCCUGUGUCCUGCGUGCGGCAAGUCAUAUUGAGGACUUUCCUUUCCACAUGGAAUAUUGAAGCUGAAUCACCUGAUGAGCUUGCCCAGUGGCCCCUCUUCGAUGACAUGCAAGCCACUCCUCAGGACUACUCUUUUUGCUAAGCCUACCAGAUAUCACACCAAGCCAGCCAUGAUAAGGCAAUUCUGCAUCUAAAUUCUCAUGCCCAACUAGAAGCAGACUGUCACAGAAAAAUGUGACUCAGCAAAGGACAAUGGUUUUCACUAAUUUAAUCUGGCCAAAUAAAUGUCUGUCCAACCCUA